AUGGCGACAAACUUUGACAUGAACGACAUGACCGUUGAACAACUUAUGGCGCUUAGUGAGAUAAUUGACGAUAGCGAUUAUGAGGAAAGUUUUGAGGAUGAAGUGGAGAAAAUAUCUGAGGACAAAUUCUACCGAGUUGCACCUAAGGAUAAGGGCAAAGAUCUCUUUGAAGGAAAAAGUCAAUUCAUAGAUGAAGGUGCCGGUUCUACUGACCCAAAGAGACCGAGAAGACGACCACUGAAUGAGAAGGGUGAGAGAGGUAUAAUGCCAACAUGGAAAUACUCCGAUCGACAGAAGGCAAAGGCUUUACUAGUUGAAGAGGCAUACCAGAGCUUACUCAGCAGAGGAGUAGAAGGUCUACCACCAACAAUGGGAGGAAGAUGGAGAACAGACGACCCUCAGGUAAAUGCGGAGAUGAAGAGGUUACAUAACAUUAGGAAUCCAAAGCGUCCUAGAGGCAGGCCACCAAAGGCUAAGGCUGACGGUGUUGUUAAGGCUCCAAGAGGCAGACCACCAAAGGCUAAGGCUGACGGUGUUGUUAAGGCUCCCCGAGGACGACCACAAAAGGUUAAGUCCGACGCUGAGGUUGUGAUUCCAAAGAGACGUGGACGACCACCGAAGGUUAAGUCCGACGCUGAGGUUGUGAUUCCAAAGAGAUGUGGAAGACCACCAAAGGUUAAGGUAGCUGAAACACCAAAACCUAAGGUCAGAAGACAAACAGUCGCGGAGAGGUUUAUAAGUCAAAACCGAAUAAAACUCUCAGUUCCCGCGAAUAGUGUUAUAACUCAGGUGGGACCGAAUAAGUUCACGGUGACUGUGGAUCUUAGUAAGAAACCAACAAGGAAAGCUCCUGAGGUACCGAAGGGUGUGGCUCCAUGGAAACCUGUUCCUAAACCAAGAACUGUAAUUCCUAGGGAAAGACCAGUUCCUAAGCCUAGAACUAUUCCUAGGGAAAGACCUGUUUCCAAACCUGGAACUAAAAAGCCAGCUCCUCCUCCAAAGUUAAGAAAGCCUGCGAAGGUAAUGAAGGAAGUUGCGGAGCAGCCUGUAGUGGUAGCACCUGAGCAGCACGAAAUUGAUCCAUUUGGAACAUAUCUUGAGAAGCCGUCUUAUAGGAAAAUAGAAACAGCCGCAAAUGGAGCAGCUGUGACUUACUCAAUAACUCCAAAUUAUAUGGAUCCACUAAACCAAAUGACAGCAAGUAGGCAGGUGGUGAGAGGAGUGUUGGUAAACGAAAUGAAGAGAAUGGGAGGUCUUAAAUACACGGAAACAAUCAAAAUAAGGAUGUCUAAGGAAAUCGGAAACGAUAAAACUAAAAAGGAUUCAAUAUACUUCAAAUCAAAAACAGGAACUGCUACAAACUUUGAGGACAUUGAGAGCACUGCCGCUCAGAAUCAACUUACCAUCUUGUCUAAAAUUGAAACCUUUCAGAACUUAGGUUCAAAUUGGAUUAUACUGAACAUUGAAAGUCACUACAUUAAUAUCGCGAUGUACAAGCCACUGAAGAGUAGUUCAUAUAUGAAAUUACCUGCAGACAUUUGCAAUCCGAAAUGUGGUCUAAUUAACAUGCAAAACGAUGAUGAGAAAUGUUUUAUGUGGAGUCAUCUGAGACAUGUAAGACCAAGAGCUAGGAGAGCAACAACUAUAACAAAGCAAGAUAGGGAGUUCGCGAAAAACCUAGAUUAUAAAGGUAUAAACUUCCCAGUAAAGAUAAGUGAUAUUGAUAAAAUUGAGAUCGAGAAAGAAUUCUAUAAGUAUUUCAGUGUUCGGUUAUAA